CGGUAUCCUCCACCUACUCCCUGCGAUGGACGACUUCAAAUGACAUAUUUGGGAUAUGUAACUCUGCAUUAUUUUGCGGAUUUGUUAUGUACUCUCUUGACCAGAAUUCCGCUUCCGAUGCGCUUGUUUGUCAAUUUAGGCACAGCAAUGACUGACUCACUAUCAGGGCCACGUGCUUCACGAUCAAACCAGCCAUAACAGAACCGGCAACUGCAUAUACGUACUUUACUACUCAAGACAAGAGCUCGCAGCCACAUGUCGGGUCACGCAUACAACCCCAUCGGUAGACUGGGCUCACGGUUCUCUGGUUCCUAUGGAAGUUCGAGCUUCUCCAGUCCAAAAUCAUCUCAGUCUGCUUCCGAGAGCGCUCAGCUGUACCGAGCUUCGGUUCCUCCGUCCGCGAAACAUAGCACCGAUAGAUCUCUUGGUCUCGAUGCUCCUGGUGGAGUCGGCUACUGGACCACGAUGACGGCACGGCAAUCCAGUGACGGCGGAGCAGAUGCGAAUACGAAAGAUGCUGGGAGAGGAAUAGAAUGCCAUUCCGGCACAACUGCAGUCGGUGGAGGAACUGAGGAGGACUAUAUAUUCGUGGACCCAGGGGAGGUGUUAGUGAUGGCGUCGUCCCAGGACCGGCACGCUGAGGAACCGGAACGAAAGUCUGACAUAUCAACGAAUAGUACGGAAGACGAGAAGCUCAUCCUACGUAUGGCUAAUUUCUCGCACCAUCCGCCUCCUAAAUCCCGUUGGGCCACCCCGCCACCCCCCAGCAAAGGCAACGUCUACGGGGUUCAGGCCGAGCCAGUUCUGAGAAAGUCCGAUCCAGCCAACCCGCUCAUCGAUUGCUGGAUCUGCUGCAAAUGCGUGUACGACAAUGGAGGACAGGAGUGGCCGUGCGAGAAGUGCCACCAUGUACGGUGCAAAGUGUGUUUCUUUUGAAACUAUCCUCAAAGCUGGAUCAUGCCUCAGAUAACAAAGAUGUCGCUACG